AUGUCUUCUGGUCGGCAGAGUGCUGGGCCUGAGACAAAAGACCAAUCCCCUCUUGGAGUACAACUGCCUGUCAUUGGUUGUUCGACAGCUGGUGUUGCCGAUGGCAACCAUCGCGGUUGGACGAUAGGCAAUCUCUGUGGUUUCGCUUUAACCUCUUCAUUUGUCCGGAACACCGAAUGUCAGGCCGUCCUGUCAACCGGACAAGCGUAG